CGACUCACCAGAGUUGCCUGACCGUCCAUUCUCCAGCGGUUCGACAAUAAUUUCGUUUGAACUGGAACGAACUCAAUGUACUCGGUCGAAAUUUCAACCCAGAAAGCAGGAGGAUCGACCAAAAUCUUGUUUUCAAGGCCUUUUCUCUCAGUUUUUACGCAGCAAAGAGUCAUUUAUGAUUCAGUAAUGGACAUUUUCAGGCCAUGCGUGCCAAAGGAAGAGUACAGGAGAGUAAAAUUCGUCACGCUCGACCGCCUUGACCCCUUGAUUAGAAGAGAGCCUGAUUUAAAUCUCACUCGCUGAUCGGUCAACCAGUUCGCCUAGUUCCGUAUGCGAUUUCGGGCGGCUCAGUCGGCAGAAUCGACCUCUCAGUCAGUAGAUGUAGACCGAAACAGGCGCAUUCAGUACUUGGUGGUCGCUGGGCUUUACAAGCGGCCUGCUGUAGUCCAACCCCCCUCAUUUAAGCUCGAUGGGUGACAUUCUUCGUGAGUCAAUCUCCCAGAUAGAUAUACAAUGAAU